UUUUUUUUUAAUUCAUCAAAAAAGAGAAAAUUUUAUUUAAAAUUAGUGUUAAUUUUCAUUAAAAAAAGUGUUAAUUUUUUUAGGAAAGUUAAUUAAUUAUUAUAAUAUCAGGAAGGGUGAUGGCAUCUCGCAAAAAGGAGGCAUUUAUGGCAGAGGAGCAAGCAGGAGGAGACGAAGAAGAAGAAGAAGAAGAAGAAGAAGCGGAAGCUACGCCUGCACCGCCACCGCUAACGUCAGCCUUCUCCAUGGCUUCUUAAUCUCAAUACCCUAAAUCAAACACCAAAAAGUUUCUAUACAUAUACCUGUGUAUAAUUUCAAUAAGGAUCGAAUUCGGAGAAUGGGGAGAGGUUCCUCUAUUUUCUCCAAGAGCACCAGGCGUCGCCUGAAGAAGAAGUCGGGGCCUCCGUCUCCACCAGUACUCGCACCACCUCCUCCUCCACUGUUGAGGGCAGCAUCACCGCCGCAGCAUUUGAUUGAUGGCAGUACUAAUAAUAAUAAUAAUAAUAAUAAUAGUUUGACUGCGGGGACGGUGGCGAAGGCGAAGAAGAAGGCUGGAGGGGCGAGGCUGUGGAUGAGGUUUGAUAGGUUUGGGAUUUCGGAGCUGAUGGAAUGUGACAAAAGCACAAUUAUUAAGCGAGUGGCAAUUCCUGCUAGGGAUUUGAGGAUUCUUGGCCCUGUCUUCUCCCACUCCUCCAAUAUUCUUGCCAGGGAGAAAGCCAUGGUUGUCAAUCUAGAGUUUAUAAGGGCUAUAGUUACAGCUGAAGAAGUCCUGAUUUUGGAUCCUCUAUGUCAAGAGGUUCUUCCAUUUGUGGACCAGCUCAGACAACAAAUUCCUCUUAAAAGGCCAUUUAAUACCCAGGGAGCAGGUCAUCCAGAUAUCCAAGAUAAUGAAAUGCACAUUUCAACAGGUGGGCAGUGGUUACCUGUUCCAGAAGCUGUUGAAGGUUUGCAAUGUGAGCUUCCUUUUGAGUUUCAGGUUCUGGAAAUUGCAUUGGAGGUUGUUUGCACAUAUUUGGACUCCAAUGUGGCAGACCUAGAGAGAGAUGCUUAUCCUGUUUUGGAUGAACUAGCCAGGAAUGUUAGCACCAAGAAUCUUGAACAUGUUCGAAGUUUGAAAAGCAAUCUCACACGUCUGCUUGCACGUGUGCAAAAGGUGAGGGAUGAAAUUGAACAUCUAUUAGAUGAUAAUGAAGAUAUGGCAGAUUUAUAUUUGACAAGGAAGUGGGUGCAGAAUCAGCAAUCUGAGGCUUUAUUGGGAACUGCAGCUUCAAAUAGCAUUAUCACUUUUACCCCUCAUCUCCGCCGACUUAAUUCUAGUCACAGUGCAAGUCAGGUGACAGGCAGCAUUGAUGAAAAUGAUGUGGAGGAAUUGGAGAUGUUGCUUGAAGCAUAUUUUAUGCAGUUGGAUGGAACACGUAACAAGAUCUUGUCUGUUCGUGAGUAUAUUGAUGACACAGAAGACUAUGUCAACAUCCAACUAGAUCAGCAGCGAAAUGAACUCAUUCAACUUCAGCUGACAUUAACUAUUGCAUCAUUUGCAAUAGCGUUGGAUACCUUAAUAGCAUCGUUCUUUGGCAUGAAUAUCCCUUGUCGAUUGUACAAAAUGAAUGGGGUAUUUGGGUACUUUGUUGGAAGUACUUCAGCAGGAUGUUUCUUGGUUUUCCUGCUGGUUCUAGGAUAUGCUAGAUGGAAGAAAUUGCUUGGUACAUAAAGUCUAGCUUAUUUCAACAACAGCAUGCACUACAUAUUUGGGAUUCAUGCAAGUAAUUGCUUACUAGUCCUGGUAAAUGCGAAGUCGUCUGAGGUGUAUAAUUAGGAGGUGGCGCAGCCAAUCUGUAUCAAAUGCUCCUCCUCUGUUUUUUAAUGAUGAAAUGCACUGAAAUUAUGAUUUCAGGCAAAUAAACCCCUCUAGUUUUUUUGUUUUUUUUUUUCAACUUGUUUCUCAGACUAAUUCAGUCCUAUUUCAGUUCACUCUCUCUCCAUGAGCUGAAUCACUAGUUCCGGCCUAGAAUCAGCCUGGACAGGUGGCCAGGCCUAGCUGGCGCUGUUGUACAGAAAAUAAGACGUUUAGUGAUCCCAUACCUGAAGAUAGCACCCGGUUUACAGGCUGUGGCAUCAGUGGUUCUGUUCAUGAACUGAGUAAGGGAGAAACUGGUCUGAUAAGAAAUAUUUGGCAUUAACUGGACUCUCAGAUUCUAAUGUUGUAGCAUAAACUAGUAAGGAGAUCCCAAGGCUGCAGCUGAAGAUGGGAAGAAGAGAAGCUCAACUCUAUGCACUCCUCGUUUCACCCGGAGAAAAAUGGCUAUUGUUUGAGUGGGUAUGGCACAUAUUGGCAACUAGCGUGGGGAUGUAGAGAGAGACGAUGAAAAUCUCAAGAAAAGAAGGGCGGACUUGGGCAAGCUCAAAGUGCCAUGAGGCUCAUGUUGCGUUCUCUAUCUUAUGCUUCUUCCAUUUUGUGCUCUCUUUGUCGAUAACUUUUACCAUGGAGAUUGUGGAGAUUGAAUUGUUUGUUUCUCCAGCUUAGCACCAAGCAGUUGUUAUAUGUGGCAACUGAUUCCUUCAUUGAGAAUGGACGUUUCCCUGUAUAAUUAAUAUACCCAGUAUAGUUUCGAGGUGGUUUUAUCCAGUAUAGGCCUCACUUGUGGAUCCUUGCUUCCCCAGUUGGAGAAAAUCAGAAGAUGCCUCCCCGCAUGUACCUGCAGAGAGAUAUUUAGCAAAAUCCUCAGCUGCUAGCAGAUAGCGAAUCCUAUCAAUUUUAUGAUAAUCGUCCGUCUUUUAUU